AAAGCGUAUCCCCGGAGUCGGGGCUCUCCCGGUUUGGCGCGAAACCGGAUCUGACGUUAUCAUAGGGAGGUACUCCCUGCCCCUAGACAGGUACUGUUGUAGCUAGGGAAAGAUCCGACGAUUCCUCGGCCUUGUCCCCAGCCCUUACUUGCCUAUGUUCUACUCGGUACCCUCACCGCAGUCGCCGGCCUUGUUUGAGUUAUGCCUUCUUUGCGCGGUGUGGUGAUAGGCGACAGCCUGGUUAAAUUCAUGUGCAGGAGUCGCCUUCACUUGAAAACAUCCGUCGAGACCUGCACAUUUAGUUUUGGUGGUUUUGACGCUGUGCGAAUGGCUGAGGCCGUCUCUGCGAUGCACUUUCAGCGCGUAGACUGUCGUUUUGUACGUUGGUGGUAACGACGUUUGCAGUGCCAACGCGGACCCUCAAGAUAUAUGCGACAAUAUAGGGAAGUUAGUUCUGCAACUGCAGCACGAUGUGGCCCCCGUGGUGUAUACGUCUUCAAAGUGCUGCCACGUUACUCCAGCUCUGAAGACGCCGAUGCGGAGCGCCAGAUCAAGAAAACGCGCUUGCUGAACCGCAAGCUGACGGCUACGCUGAAACGCCUGCCGUGUGUUCGAAUCUUGAACGCCGAGCAUCGGUUUCUCAAUUCCUCGAAAGAGCCACGACGUGCGCCCUUAGCAAUUGAUGGGUACCAUGUGCACGGAGGCCAAGGGAUCGAUCAGCUGGCCAAAAUCGUCAGUUCUCUUGCCCGUGACUUCGGACCUGGAGUGAAGUCACAUGGACACAGCGAGCUGGGUAUCUGCUACAGGCUGCUGAAGUGCAGCCACUGCAACACAAAAGGCCGCGAAGUCCUGCGAGUGCAAGAUUGUGCCCCAGGGUCUUUCAAUUGAAAGUAAUACAUAUAGCAUGACCUUGCAUUAAUUAUCUUUCAUAAAUGCUAAUCACUACUCGAACAAAUCGAGAACGUUUCUGUAUUGCAGCAAAUAAAUGUAGAAAUUGCAUAUGUCAUCACACCUUUAUUGCCCAAAAAAUUGCAUUUAUUGCACAUUCAUCAAGCAAGUGACC